AGAUGGAAGAAGGAGAAGGAGCGAGAGAACGAGAGCGAGGCAACCCAAAUGACGACGAGAUUCAAUAAGAACAGGAAGAAGAGAGGCCAUGUUUCUGCCGGCCAUGGAAGAAUAGGUAAGCACAGGAAGCAUCUAGGUGUUCGAGGUAACGCUGGAAGUAUGCAUCAUCACAGGAUCUUGUUCAAUAAAUACCAUCCAGGUUACUUUGGUAAGGUCAGUAUGCGUUACUUCCACAAGUUGCGCAACAAGUUUUACUGCCCCAUCGUUAACAUUGACAAGCUCUGGUCGUUGAUACCGCAAGAGGCAAAAGACAAGGCAUCUCCGGAGAACGCACCUAUGAUCGAUGUUACCCAGUAUGGUUUCUUCAAGGUCUUGGGCAAAGGGGUGUUGCCUGCCUCACAGCCCAUUGUCGUCAAGGCGAAGCUGAUCUCGAAGAUUGCAGAGAAGAAAAUCAAGGAGGCCGAGGUGUCGUAGUUCUCACAGCUUAGAAGGUUAUUUCUUCUGCUAAUUAUUGUUGGUUAAUUAGUUAGGGUUUUAAAUUUUGGAGACCCCCUGAAAUCUGUAAGAGAAACAGAGUAUGAAUUUUGGUACCUUUACAUUGGGUUUUGUUUUGAAAUUUCAAUCAGAAUUCUACUGAUGUCU